GGUAUCUGCAACGCUCCCGCGACCUUUCAGCGAGCCAUGAAUAUGACUUUUCAGAACUUCGUGCGGAAGACGCGAUUGGCACAGAGCAUUGUCAACUACUGCGUGAUUGUGUACAUGGAUGACAUUUUGAUGUUCUCGAGUUCCUACGAGGGACACGUGCAGCACAUCGAAUGGGCGCUGCAUGCGUUACGAGAUGCAGGUUUCAAGGUGGCGCUUGAGAAGUGCCAGUUUUUUCUUACCACCAUUUCCUUUCUGGGACACGUGGUAACAGACCAGGGGCUCCAACCGGAGCCGCAGAAGUUGGCAGCUGUCAGGGAUGCGCUAGUGCCUACAACUAUCACGCAAGUUCGCGCCUUUUCGGGUCUGGCCUCGUACUACCGAAGAUUUAUCAAGGGCUUCGCGGCGAUCGCAGGACCCCUCAUGAAUCUGAUGCGGAAGGAUCAACCGUUGAUUUGGAUGCCGGAGUGUGAUCAGGCGUUUUCGAAGCUCAAGGCCGCUCUCAUUUCGGCUCCGGUCCUUAUAAGGCCGGAUCCCGAAAAGCCUUUCAUCCUUAUUACCGACUUGCAGCCUGAGGCAAUUUCGGCGAUCGUGGCACAGGUGGGAUCGGACGGGCUCGAGAACAUGGUGGAGUAUGCAUCCAAAUCAGUGCCCGCUUGCAAGCGCAACUACGCCGCUCCGACAGGAGAAUGCUACGCGGCGCUCUGGGGAAUCAGUCACUUUCGUCCUUACCUGUACGGACGAAAGUUCACCUUGGUAACCGAUCAUAAGCCCCUGUUGGCUCUGAAGAAAUCGAAGGAUUACUCUGACAUGAUCGGGCGAUGGGCAACAGUGCUACAAAGCAUGGACUUUGACAUUCGUCAUCGGAAGCACGAGAGACACGGGAAUUGGAGAGCAUGUUUGGAAGAGCCUGGGGACGAAGACUCCCUACCAUCGCGGCAGGAGUAUCUGAAGCCAUACGGCAUCAUCGAUCAAGCAUUCUAUCCGAAGGUGGAGGAAGUACUGAUCGAAGACGACGAAAAAGACGACGACGAGGAAACGUCGGAGGAGGGAAGCUAUAACAAGCAUAGCGAGGGCGAGCUGAGUGAAGAAGAAGAAGAGGAGGAAGAAGAGACCGGAUCUGAGUGGGAAGCCCUGCCGGAGGAAGCAGCGUGCACGGGCACGGAGGCGGAAGACCCCGAGGCUUUGCGUAGGCGAGAAGAGGUUGCCGCCGGGAAACGCCAGCUAGAAUUCGCCAGCGGAGCAAGUCAGCGCAUCGGUGACGACCAGACCAGGGAUCCAGAACCGCCAAAGCCCGAGGAUGGCGACCCCGCAACCGCCGCCUCAAGUACCUUGCGGCGGAGACGAAGCCGAUCCCCCUCCCCCGCCACCCCAACCCGUCCUCCAGUUCGUCCACGUACCGAUGCGGGCGAUAGGCCUUUGUCCUCGGGCGCUGUCCCCCCGUCGCCUUGACUUAGCUUCGGCGAGAGAAAAAGAAAGGCAGGCGAAUGACAAAGGCAAUGAAUGUCUAACGCUCUA